AAGUAUAAUAGUAAUUUGGCAUCAAAAGCACAUUGGAAAUCACGUGGAUCUAUGAGUAGUGUGUGAGUCAAAAAUUGUAGUAAAAAAUGAGUAAGAAAAAUAGGUUUUGUAGAAAAGCUACUAAAGGUUCAAAUAAGAAUUUGGGGAAAGGUCAGAGCAGUAGCUCUAAUCCUAAAACAAAAAAAUUUAGGAAUAUGGCCAAAGGAGGAUUAGGAAAAGACAAAAGCAGUCUAACUUUGCAAGCUUUACAACAUCAUAAUCAAGUAUAUAAUAAAGUUUCUAAUGAUAAUAUGGAUGUAAAUGAUGAUACAAAGAGUUUGGGUGUGGAAUCCUUUGCCUCAAUGUGGUCAGAAUGUUCAAAUGUGUGUUUUGAUAGGCUUUUAAGAAAUUGGCAAUCAAGUUCUGCUCUUCACAAAGAAAUGCUAAGUGUUCUUGCUGCUGUGACAGAGAUAAUUAAAUCUAAUGGUGGAAAAGAAACUGAAACAGAAUACUUUGCUGCAUUGGUAACAGCUUUAGAAACUGCUGAGACAGAUGAAAGUGUAACAGCAAUUUUAUCAUUGUUGACAUUGGUUAUGAAAAGAGUUACUCCUUCAGUGUUAAAAUUAAAGUUCUCGGAAACAUCUAAAAUUCUUAUUACCUUUCUAGAAAAAUAUGAGAAUACUGUCCAUCAGGCUCUUGUUCGUGGUAUUAUACAAUGUAUUGCUAUCCUUUUAAGACAUCAAGAAGCAGCUAUUUGGAACCUUCCUUUAACACUUAAAAUCUACAAUAAUAUACUUGUGCUAACUACACAUUCUAAACCGAAGUUACGCAAAGCAGCACAACAUGCUGUUUGCUCCAUUUUGAAGGGAAGUGAUAUUGUAAUUCAGGGACAGAAUAUAACUUGCCAUCCAGCUUCCACAAUGACAUCAAAAUUUUGCAUCAAAAGUAUUGAAGAAAAUGGAGGAGGAAAAAAUUCAACUGCUACUCUUCAUGUUCUUGGAUUAUUGAAAGAAAUUCUCUGUGUUUUUCCUACUUCCCAACUAAAAUUAACUUGUGAAGUUAUUUUGAAAAUAAUGACUCUUGGAAAUGCGUUGGUGAUAUCUUGUUCAUUACAAGCAUUACAUGGAAUGUUUAAAAAUAUAUCAAACAGAUCUAAUUUAACAGCAGAAUUAAAUGCCCAAAUAAUAAAUGUAAGUAAGAAUAAUGCUAAUAAUGUAACCGAUAAUACUUCUAAAGUGACUGAUGAAGUAACUAGUGCGAAAGACGAUAAAUUGGAUACACCUAAAGGUGAUGAGACGUGGAUAUCUGUCCAGAAACUCUUAAAACAAGCCGUGGAUGAAGUGAUAAAAAGGGCCCUUCCUACAGUUAUGAGUGGACAGAAUCAAGUUAACAUUUCUGGAGGAUGUAUGGGCAGUUUAAUGCAAUUUAUUUUCGACCUGAGACAGAUGAAAUUAUGGGCUUUACAGAGUCAUCCAUUUUUUCAAGAACUUAUAAUACAUACAAAUAACCUCCGAAGAACGGCCACUCAGCAUGUUUCAACUUUACUGAGAGAUUGCAUACAGAAGUGUGUUGAAAAUCCAGAUUUUGAUAAGACAUCUACUAAAUUUACUAUGGUUACAAGCAAGCUAUUUCAAAGCAUUGAGAGAGGAUUGAAGUAUCAGUAUCAUUUAGCUUGGGCCCAUGUUAUUAAUAUAAUUGGUGUUUGUUUUGAGAUAUUAGGAAAAUAUCAUACACCGGUUACAAUAAAAUGUCUACAAUCUUUAGCUGAUCUUAGAGAUAGCAUCAACUUCACACAUACUAAAGUGUUGGAUCAAACAGUAGGGAAAGCGGUGGCUUCUAUGGGUCCUGAUGUUGUUUUAAAUGCUAUACCAUUAAAUCUCAACUUAGAUAGCAAUAAAUUUGACUUUGCUCGAAGUUGGCUUCUCCCUGUUAUUAGAGAUAAUGUUAAAGAAACAAAAUUGGAAUUUUUUACAAAUUAUUUUCUUCCUCUUGCAACUAAAAUUCAAAAGAAAGUUACUCAGUGUCAACAUUCAAAUCAUAAUAUUGAGGCACAGCUUUAUUCUGCAGUUCAAUCACAGAUUAUACAAUGUAUUGCUAUCCUUUUAAGACAUCAAGAAGCAGCUAUUUGGAACCUUCCUUUAACACUUAAAAUCUACAAUAAUAUACUUGUGCUAACUACACAUUCUAAACCGAAGUUACGCAAAGCAGCACAACAUGCUGUUUGCUCCAUUUUGAAGGGAAGUGAUAUUGUAAUUCAGGGACAGAAUAUAACUUGCCAUCCAGCUUCCACAAUGACAUCAAAAUUUUGCAUCAAAAGUAUUGAAGAAAAUGGAGGAGGAAAAAAUUCAACUGCUACUCUUCAUGUUCUUGGAUUAUUGAAAGAAAUUCUCUGUGUUUUUCCUACUUCCCAACUAAAAUUAACUUGUGAAGUUAUUUUGAAAAUAAUGACUCUUGGAAAUGCGUUGGUGAUAUCUUGUUCAUUACAAGCAUUACAUGGAAUGUUUAAAAAUAUAUCAAACAGAUCUAAUUUAACAGCAGAAUUAAAUGCCCAAAUAAUAAAUACUUUACUGAGAGAUUGCAUACAGAAGUGUGUUGAAAAUCCAGAUUUUGAUAAGACAUCUACUAAAUUUACUAUGGUUACAAGCAAGCUAUUUCAAAGCAUUGAGAGAGGAUUGAAGUAUCAGUAUCAUUUAGCUUGGGCCCAUGUUAUUAAUAUAAUUGGUGUUUGUUUUGAGAUAUUAGGAAAAUAUCAUACACCGGUUACAAUAAAAUGUCUACAAUCUUUAGCUGAUCUUAGAGAUAGCAUCAACUUCACACAUACUAAAGUGUUGGAUCAAACAGUAGGGAAAGCGGUGGCUUCUAUGGGUCCUGAUGUUGUUUUAAAUGCUAUACCAUUAAAUCUCAACUUAGAUAGCAAUAAAUUUGACUUUGCUCGAAGUUGGCUUCUCCCUGUUAUUAGAGAUAAUGUUAAAGAAACAAAAUUGGAAUUUUUUACAAAUUAUUUUCUUCCUCUUGCAACUAAAAUUCAAAAGAAAGUUACUCAGUGUCAACAUUCAAAUCAUAAUAUUGAGGCACAGCUUUAUUCUGCAGUUCAAUCACAGAUUUGGUCAAUGCUGCCUGGUUUUUGCACAAAUCCAGUUGAUUUUCCUCAGUCUUUCAAAGGAAUUGCCAAAAUUCUUGGAACAGCUUUAAAUACAAGACCAGAUUUACGAUUAGAUGUUAUGGCAGCUUUACGUAAUUUAAUUAAAAAGAAUCUCAAUAAUGAUGUAAAUAGAAAAGAAAUGACAAGAUAUGCAAAAAAUUUCCUCCCCAUUCUGUUCAAUCUUUACACCACUGAACCAAAAGAUGAUAAAGAAGAAUCUACAAGAUUAGCAGUUUUUGAUACAAUCAAAAUAUAUUUGCAAGUUUCAGAAAAAGAACUCUGCGAGACAUUGUUUCAAAAAGCAGAAGAAAAGUUAAAAGAUUUAAAUAUUACAUCCUUUAACAGAUAUGCACUUUUAGAUAUCUGUCGAGCACUUAUACCAUUUAUAAAUGAAAACCAUAUUCAAUUUCUCUUCAGUUAUUGUGUGCCUUUACUUCAGAAUUUAGACAGAACAAUCCAGAAGAAAUCAUACAGAGUUUUGGAAGAAAUCUGUAAGAACAAUACUGAAGGAUGCCAGUUUUUCAUAAAAAAUCAUAUUUGUGAAUUAAAGGAAUUGUUGAUUUCAUCACUUUCGUCAUCAUCUCCUUCAUCAAAAGCUCCUCGUUUGCGAUGCUUAAGAAAUCUAGUAUGUCAGCUAGAUAAAGAUAACAUUGAAUUUGUGAAAAUUAUUAUUCCUGAGGCAGUGUUUUGUAUAAAAGAAAAUUCAGAAAAGGUUCGAGAAGCUGCGUAUAAUUUAAUAGUUGAAAUUGGAAAUUAUUUUUUACAAUGGCAUUCAGAAAAUCCUUCUGAAGGAAUAAAAAUAUAUAUUGAAGUAUUGCUAGCUGGACUAGCUGGUAAUCCUCACUUUGUUGGUGCUACUGUACUGUGUUUGGGUAGAGUUAUCUUUGAAUUUAAAGACAAGAUUCCAUCAGAUUUAAUCCAUCUUAUUAUUGAGAAUGCAGAAGUAUUGCUUACUUCCUCUAGUAGAGAGAUUAUCCAGUCUGCACUAUCAUUUAUUAAAAGUUUAUUUGGGGCAUUAGAAGUGACUGAUUUGGCUCAACAUGUUGAAAUUUUUGUAAAAAAUAUAAUUAAAGCUAUAUCUAAAGAUGGACAGAGACAGUUAAGGUUUAAAGCAAGAGAAAUACUAACGAGAUUUAUUCGAAAGUUUGGGUUUGAUAUGAUCUCAAAAUAUGUACCAGAGAGCCAUAAAAAGUACAUCAACAAUAUAUAUAAAGUUGAAGUAUGUAAACAUAAAAAUAAACUUGAGAAUAAAGAAUUAAAGAAGAACAAACAAGAAGAUUCUGAUGAAGAAACUUCUGAAGACAAUGAAUCUAACAAUAAAGUUAGCCAAAAGAAUACAAAGGAGUGGAUACAAGAAAAUAAUGAAGAUAUUGUUGAUUUUCUCAGUUCAAGUGUAAAUAAAAAAAUUUUAGCAACUAAACCAAAAAAACCUAAGAAAGAUGAAUUUAAAGUAUCUUCAGAUGGAAAACUAAUCAUAACUGAUGAUUGUGAUGAUGAUAAAGUAUUGAAACAUAAAAGUAAGCUUUCAUUACACUGUAUUCAUAGAAAAAUAAAUAAAAAAGAGGAUAGUCCAACUUAUGGAGAAGAAUUUAAAGCAAAAAAAGCUGGUGGUGAUAUAAAGAUAAAAGGUCGGCCCAAUCCUUACGCUUAUAUUAAGUUAGAUAAGAAGGUGUUGGGUAAGAGGAAAAGGGCUAAAUUGGCCGGUCAAUAUAAAGGAAUUGUAAAAGCAGCAAAGAAGGGAUCACAACAAGCAAAAAAAGAGAAACAUAGAAGACGAAAAGCUGGUGGUGAUAUAAAGAUAAAAGGUCGGCCCAAUCCUUACGCUUAUAUUAAGUUAGAUAAGAAGGUGUUGGGUAAGAGGAAAAGGGCUAAAUUGGCCGGUCAAUAUAAAGGAAUUGUAAAAGCAGCAAAGAAGGGAUCACAACAAGCAAAAAAAGAGAAACAUAGAAGACGAGUGAAAAAUUGA